CGCGCCAUGUCGCUCAGCCCCAAGCACACGACGCCCUUCUCGGUCUCGGACAUCCUCAGCCCCAUGGAGGAGACCUACAAGAAGUUCGGCGGCGCGCUGGAGGGCAGCCUGGGCGCCCCGCUGGCCGUGGCCGGGCCCGCCGCCUACCGCCAGCCCCCGCCGCAGCCGCCGCAGCCGCAGCACCCCAUGGCGGCCCACAACUACCACCCCAUGGCGCACGCCGCCGCCAUGCCACAGUUCGCCCACGGGCCCGUGGCCGGCUACUGCAACGGCGGGCUGGGCAACGUGGCCGAGCUGGCGCCCUACUCGGACGGCGUGCGGGGCAGCGCCGGCGCCUCGGGCUGGUACGGCGCCAACGCGGACCCGCGCUACCCCUCCAUUUCCAGGUUGAUGGGCCCGUCCGGGGCCAUGAACGUGGCCGGCAUGGGCGCCCUGUCGGGGAUGGCCGAGGCGGCCAAGUCGCUGGCGCCAGGGCUGCAGGCGGCGCCGCGGCGCAAGCGGCGGGUGCUCUUCUCGCAGGCGCAGGUGUACGAGCUGGAGCGGCGCUUCAAGCAGCAGAAGUACCUGUCGGCGCCCGAGCGCGAGCACCUGGCCGGCCUCAUCCACCUCACCCCGACGCAGGUCAAGAUCUGGUUCCAGAACCACCGCUACAAGAUGAAGCGCCAGGCCAAGGACAAGGCGGCCCAGCAGCAGCAGCAGCCCCAGCCCCAGCCCCCGCCCCAGCCCCCGCCGCAGGCCGAGCCCCCCGGCCUGUGCCAGCCGCCGCCGCCCGCCGCCUCCCCGCGCCGCGUGGCCGUGCCGGUGCUGGUGAAGGACGGCAAGCCUUGCCCGCACAGCGCCGCCGCCCCGUCGGGCCAGCCGCAGCCGCCGGCGCCGGACCUGGACGAGCUCUCCGCCAGCCCGCCGUCCCUGCACGGCCAGGUGGCCGCCCUGGCGCCGCUCGAGGCCGCCGCCGUCGACUACAACGCCAGCUUGCUGUACGGCCGGACGUGGUGA